AUGCGAAUAAGCCGACUGCUCUGAAAUCAAUGUAUACUUUUACUAAAAUGUAUUGGCAUAUAGGCAAUGCCGUAGUUCACGCGUUCGCAUUUGCCUUGACUGGAACCGCCGAACUGAGCUGAACACUUCGGAGGUUAACAAAAGCGUUUGGGAGUACUUGUUGCACCCGUAGAAUAGCCUACAUCGCCAUACGCAGUGAUUUGAUAGUGCCAUCUAAAUUAAUUCACACUGUUUCUCCCCUCCAUCUCUCCUCCACUUAAUUUCAGGCUUGGAGGAUCCCCUCUGUCCCAAUCCCCAGGCCUCCCACCCCCCACCCAGUGCCAACAUGGACCCCAGCAGCUGGAGCGGCAGCGAGAGUCCGGCCGAGGACAUUGAGCACAUGAGCGACUCGGCCGACAAGCCCAUGGACAACGACGCCGAGGGCGUGUGGAGCCCCGACAUUGAGCAGAGCUUCCAGGAGGCCCUGGCCAUUUACCCACCCUGCGGCCGGCGCAAGAUCAUCCUCUCCGACGAGGGAAAGAUGUACGGUCGCAAUGAACUGAUAGCCAGGUACAUUAAACUGAGGACGGGGAAAACAAGGACAAGGAAACAGGUCUCCAGCCACAUUCAGGUCCUCGCCCGGCGGAAAUCUCGUGAGUUUCAGUCCAAACUCAAGGUCACAAACAUGGACCAGAGUGUGAAGGACAAAGCACUGCAGAGCAUGGCCUCCAUGUCCUCGGCACAGAUCGUCUCGGCCACUGCCAUCCACAACAAGCUGGGCCUGGCUGGCAUCCCCAGACCCACUUUCCCUGGAGCAGCUGGGUUCUGGCAGGGGAUGAUCUCAACGGGCCAGCCUGGAUCCUCACAAGACAUCAAGCCCUUCGCGCAGCAGGCCUACCCCAUCCAGUCAGCCGUUGCCACCGCCAUUUCAGGUUACGAGCCCCCCUCCAGUACCACUGUCCCCACCACCCCGGCCUGGCAGGGCCGCUCCAUCGGCACCACCAAACUCCGGCUGGUGGAGUUUUCUGCCUUCCUGGAGCAACAGCGGGACCCAGACGCGUACAAUAAGCACCUCUUUGUGCACAUCGGUCAGACAAAUCACUCGCACAGCGACGGCCUUUUGGAGUCGGUGGACAUUCGUCAGAUUUAUGACAAGUUCCCGGAGAAGAAGGGGGGGCUGAAGGAGCUGUUCGGCAAAGGACCCCAAAACGCUUUCUUCCUGGUGAAGUUCUGGGCCGACUUGAACUGCAACAUACAGGAGGACUCCGGCGCUUUCUAUGGCGUCACCAGCCAGUACGAGAGCUCGGAGAACAUGACAAUCACCUGCUCCACUAAGGUCUGCUCCUUUGGCAAGCAGGUGGUGGAGAAAGUGGAGACGGAGUAUGCUCGCUUUGAGAAUGGACGCUUUGUGUACAAAAUCAGCCGCUCGCCCAUGUGUGAAUACAUGAUCAACUUCAUCCACAAGCUCAAACACCUGCCAGAGAAGUAUAUGAUGAACAGUGUACUGGAGAACUUUACCAUCUUAUUGGUGGUGACGAACCGGGACACACAGGAGACGUUGCUGUGCAUGGCGUGUGUGUUUGAGGUAUCCAACAGCGAGCACGGCGCCCAGCACCACAUCUACCGGCUGGUGAAGGACUGAGAGUGCGAGAGAGAUGAAGGGAGAGAGAGAGAGGAGAGAUGGAGUGCUCUCCUCCUUGUGUCUCCCACUGUCGAGGUGUGCCCUGACAAGAGACAAAGCCCAGGACAUCAAUAAUACGGACACACACAUACACACAAACACACAAACACACAUAUACACACCACAUGGGCAGAGACGAACAGCACUGGACUCUCACCCAGAACGACGGACAGACAGACAGACUGAGAGAGACAUGAAAGGAAUGAAUGCUUUGAAAGACUCAGAAGGUUGCAUUUAUUCCUCCACUUCGUUGUUACUUUUUUGCUAGUGGCUGUGCCUCUAAAGAAAGAACCCCACCACCACCACACACAGAGAAGCUUUUUAAAUGGUUCCUUUUUAACCCUGGUUACAUAAGGGUGGCAUCUCCUGUCUUUGAUUUGACUAUUACUGACUAUUAGUAUUUUUCAAUGUCUUUUAAAAUGUACCUUGUGUAAGAGUUCAGCGGUUCUUUGGCGGUACUGUUGUUUGUUUGUUUGCUUUGGUUCCUUUGUUUUUGGCUGUUGUUUUUUAAAGAGGUAAGUGGCUCCAUGUUUUCUGUGAGUAACUAGUCAGUGUCUGUUGGUUGCGUAUGGUUUUAUUGCAUAGGAUAGGACAAGUCUCCACUCUCUCAUUCUAGUCCACACUGCCAUGACGAAGCUCUAUCAGAGGAGGGGGAACAAAUCUUGCGUACAAUCUUUUCACAGAUUAAAAAGAUAUCUAAAUAUCGAAAGACUCGUAACCUAAACCACAUUGACUGAGGACAGUUAUGUUUGGUGUUACUUUAGAAAUAUAUUCAAUGUGGAUAUGUACAGUAUAUAUUGUAAAAGCUCCAUAAACAGACGUAGACUAGCACACUCAACAAUUCCUCAUCCUACUAUUUAAAAAAAAAAAAUCUAUUAACUAUUAGACAAUAAUUACACAUCAGGAAAGAUGUUAUUUCAGCUGUAAGGAUCAGGUUCGGAGGUAUUCAAUAUGACCAGCAGAGUUACAUUAGUUAGUAAAAUAUUUUGAAAUGCCUUUUAGCGCUUACUAAUUAAGAAGAAAAACAGGUCUUGGCUGUUUCCUGUAGGUGUUAGCACACAACCCCCAUGAAUUGUGGCCUAGACAUGAUGGGAAAGGGGGGUGGGGAUUCCACAUCCACAAAGCCUUAAUCUAGCGGGUGUGAACUUAUUAAAGCUGUGAAAUCUUUCCUAAGCUGGAAGACUUCCUCCUGUUGUUAUCACGUGAAUCGGUGUGGAAUGAACAGUACAGAAACCGCCAAAGCAAACGUAGUCUUCAGUGCCUUAGUGUUGCCAUCUGGAUCUGCAGCCACAUUCAGUCCGCUAAACCCACUAGCCAGGUCUAGAAGUAGUCUUUCUGAGGAAAUACGUUUUCAUCUCAUCUUUUUAACAAUGGCCUGCCGAUUUACAUAGAAUAUAUUUGUUAUGUACAAAGAGGAGCAUAGAUCAUAAACACAGGUCUAUACAGGCGCAUAAUCUAUUUAUAAAUGCCGUCAAAUCUAGCCUUUUUUUCUGUACCAAAAACGACCAAAAAAUGAUAUUUUGUAGAUGUCAGUCCGUUGGCAUGUCUGAAUGUGCGCUGUAGCAUGACAAGUGCCUUUGGAUUGGACCCUCCAGCUUAGAAAAGAUGGUGUUGCAAAGCCUAAAAACCAAAAAAAGAACUGCAGUUUUGGGAGAGGAUCACCAUAAUGCCUUCUUAUCAUCUAUUUCCUUUUUGGUCUUUGGCAUGUGUGUUUAUGUGUUCAUUUGGAGCUAAACACAACUUGCUUAAAUUUGUAUUCCCCCAACUAAGUUCAUGCUAAGUGAUACAGAGCUAACAGAGAGAGGUCUGAAUGUCCAAUGUGUGUCUAGCAUAGAGUACACUAAACAUGUUGGCAGUGGUCGUCAUGCCUGUACCCUGAUGGACUCAAAUUCCAGUGACUAACAGAAGUAGACAACACAAAGGCGAUGUUUAGGAAACCUGCGUAAUGCAAUCCACCCUAACACAAUAGUACUAACCCAGCCCAAUCCCUUACAACACAUUUAUCAAGCACAGUGAAAGGGGGGAAGAUUUUUUAUGGAAAAAAAGCUUGAUGUUCCCCUCUCCCAAUCACCCUCACCUUCCUAUGGAAUAUCUCCCUUAAACACAGAUCAAUGGUCAUGUUCCCAGUUAUAGUGAUGGAUGUACGAUGUUUUGUUAACCACAAAUUGUCUGUUGUUACUGGAUGUGAUGCUGUAGCACCACUGAGAUCUGUUUCAUUCUUUUGUAUGGGGAACUUUUUCUUACCUUCCCCACAUAAUUGAAAUACACAUGAAAUGUGUGUCUUACAAUGAGGAGAUGACUAUUUCUUUAUACAUUGUGAGACUUGGAACCCAAGGUUACACUCAGACUUCUGCACUGCAGGUACGCUGAACAUGCCAAUUGCAUCUUUUGAAAAAGUGUUUAGGCUACCUCUGCAGUACUUGAGGAUUAAAAUAUUCUUUUUAAUUAUUGUUGUCAUUUUUUCCUUCUAAUAUGAUGCAUUCUUCGGGAAAUAAUAUUUUGAUUAAAAAAAAAAGGACAUUAAAAAGGACUUGACAUGUUAGCAGUAUCUGGGUUGUACUUCUGUUUCUCUCCAUGUCUGUGACUAGGUACUGGUACCUUUAUGUUACUAUUUGUUGUCAGUGUUCCGAUUGAGCUGGAGUCCUCUUUGUUUUUUUAAAAGCACUGUAAGAAGUAUUGGUUUUGUUCUGAAAAAAAUGCAAGGUGCUUUUGUGUAAAGAAAAUUAUGUAUGUUGGACUUCUUUGUACAAAUGUUAAAUAUAUUUUUUCCUUUUAGAUUAUGAA